UCCGCGGCGUCCCAACACACCCGUGUCCCGUCCCGCAGGCUUCCCGCAGCCUUUCUCUCGCCACCGGGACGGUGCGGAGAUGCCCCCAAACCAGCUGGCACUGUGUUUCAGUCAGUGGAUGGAAAUGUCCGACCAACCCCAGAUCUCCAGCACUGUUUUGGAUCUCUGUUAUUCCAUAUUCAACAGCAUGCAUAAAAAUGAGGAAUCACAGAUUGCUUCUGCAAAGUUUACAAAGAAGGACAGUCAUGGAACUCUGGGGCGGCCUUUCUUCCUUUUCAGGCCUCGAAAUGGAAGAACUAUUGAAGGCAGUGAAUACCGUGGAAUGUGAAGUUCAUGGAUUCAUUUACCAGCUCGAUGACUUGGUUUACAUAAAGGAAAGAGACUUCCCAUUGCACUGGUUGUCUAUUAUGUGACUCAGUUGUCUAGAAUUUGCUGUUCCAUGUAAUA